UUCAUAUUAAUAGUAUUUAUAUUUAAUUUAUUACGUUGUUUAUUAUAUAAGCGUUCAAUUUAUCUUAUUCUACAAUGAAUUUCGCUCGAAAAAUAUGUACUAUAAGGAACCAAACACUAAGCACGAAUUUCAGCCGAAAAUUUCGUAUUUCCGCUAAGAACUUCGAAUCUUCUCACGCUUCACAACCACAGGUGCAAGAAGAGAAGUUCGACUUCGAGGACUUGAAUGUGUUAGAGCGAACAGAGCGACGCAAGCCCAAAAUAAAUCCAUUCAUUAAAGAUGUAUUUGUGUCCGUGUUCAACAAAGAAUUACUAGCCUACCCGGAGAUUCUGAACAAAGAGGAGACAGAAAAUUUAAACGCAAGGCUGGCUGCACUUGAAAAAGUUUUCUACGACCCGUCAAAAACAAGGGAAGAACGUAAAAUGGCGUUGAAAAGGACUAGAAUGUAUGCUGCACCAGUAUCAUUGACAAAUAAUGGUUUGGCGGCAAACCACACAGAGAGCUUACAGUACCUUGAUGUAAUAUCCUCCGACGUGGACCUUGGACAGGAAAUAAGUGACCACUGGGUGUGUUUAGAAGCGGUACGGAAGGGUUUGGAAGAGGAUAAGUAUCAGCAAAUCGUUGACGAUCUAAUAACAGGAGAUAGGCCCUUAAAAUUGUGCAUUAAAGAGAAGGUCGCUGAGAGGAUUACGCAAGCAGAUUUCAGGACACACGCUGAAUUAGAUGGACAAGGUGUAUGGAGGAUUUCCGGAGAAAAGUACUGCACUUCCGAUGGAGUCGAUGAAUAUCUCCUAGUGUUGUCGUCGUUUGAAAGCGAUCGUGUGAGAGCUUUCCUCGUCCAUCCCAACGCAAAAGGCAUUGAACACAAUGGAUCAUUUAUAACCUUCAGACAGACACCAGGCACUCCACUAAAUAUGGUGACUGAGCAAGCAUUAGCACAAAUUCUAGGAACGUCUAGACUGCACGCCGCAACGCUAUGCAGGAAUGUAUUAAGACGAGGUGUACAGUCGUGUAUCGAAUACAUAAAGCCAAGAGUGUUUUCUGGUAAGCCAGUUUCCGAGCUUUCCACCAUCAGGUCGACGAUCGGCGAAGCUGUUCUGGACAUUUAUGCCAGUGAGAGUGCAGACUAUUUCACAGCCGGGCUUCUGGACGGAUACGAAAGCCCUGAUGCUGAGAUGGAAAUGGCGAUGUGCAGAAACAUUAUGGUGGACCGCGGUAUAACUUCAAUGUUGAAUCUGCUCACUAUACCGGCGUUAGAGCAGGAGGAGGAAUGCAAGCGGCUAUUAGACGACAUGCGCCAUCUAGCGGCACGCGGGGAAAGCAUGGGAUCGAUCAAUAUGUUCAUAGCCCUCAAUGGAAUACAUCACGCUGGUAAACAUAUGGCAGAGGAGGUGAAGCAAAUCAGGAACCCUCUAUACCAUCCAGGGUUCAUACUGAAGAAGGUAUUCGAGAGCAGACAUCAGGAGAAUGACAACCCCAAACUGAACUUAUAUUUAGCUGAACACCUCCAUCCAACGCUCAAGCCGCCCUCAGAAAACCUGGAAUACUGCGUUUUACGCAUGAAAUACGCUUGCGAGACUCUCAUGAGCAGACACGGGUUAGAUGUCGCCAGUGCUUUCACUGAAUUAAAUAGAUUAGCUAUAGCUGGUACAGAAAUCUUAGCCAUGACUGCGGUGCUAGCGAGAGCUUCAAGGUCGUAUUGCAUCGGUUUACACAACGCCGAGUUAGAAAUGAAGUUAGCAGCAUGUUACGUAGACUCUGCCAAGGAGAAAGUGCGGAAAUUGAUCAAGGAAAUAGAUGACGGUGAAUUCAUUAAUUUGGACCAUUUCAAGAUACAAUUCGGUAAGAAGACCAUUGAAGGUACCAGCAAUUUAGUAGAAAAACCUAUAGCAAGAACAUUUUGGUGA